CUUCAUCGACAUCUGAUGAAAGAAUGAAGAGUAUGAACAAACCCAAAGAACUAGUGAUCAGGCCAGAAGUUGUGGAGGACUUCGAACCUUGGAUGCUUGCUACAAGGAAUCGAAGGAAACCAAGACAACAGCCUCAAGAGAAAACUGGGAAGAAGGAAAAGGGGGAAAGUGAGCAGAAAAUGCAGGACCCUUCAGGGUCAAGGUUCACUGUACUUGAAGAAGACACAGAAGAGGGAACUGAGGACAAGAAUGAGCCGGAGAAGGUUGGAGGUGGGUCUACAGGAAAGGAUAUGGAGACAAAUAAUGAAAAGGGAAAGGAUGAGGAGAAUGGGAAGGAAAAUUCAAGCAAUGAGAAAGGCAAAGAGAAGCAAGCUGCAAGCCAAAAUAAAGAAGGGAGAAAGAACAAUGAUAAUACGGGGAAUGAGCAAAAUAGAAACCCCACCAGAAAUCAACUCCGGAGAGCAGUCAAACAAAAACAAAGAUGAAGACGGCUCAGGGUAAACAGGAUUGCUUUGGAUCAAAGAAAGCUACUGAUAUAAGUAGUAAGGUAAGUGGUCCCAUAUCCUCUGCUCUCAACCUAGUGGCAUCCACCAGCCUUACCACACCUCCCAAACCAAAUAUGGGGGCAGGCAAGGAGAAAUCAAAGGAUGCCAAACAAGGCCAUCAGCCAAAGAUGAAGGAGGUACAGACCAAACUGAUCAAAAGUCCAGACAAAAGCACCCUCUACCACCAAAAAAUGUGGCGUACCUCACCCGCAAAAUCAGUUUUGAUGCAAAGCAGGCUGAGGAAAAGAUGAAACCUGAAAAUGUUAACCAGGAUCUGUCGACAACUGCAAAUUGUAGCGGAGAACUGGAAGAGACGGCAAUGGCCGUCAACCUAUCCUGAUCCCAACUGUGUGUUGCCGAAAGGGAAGUCACUCUGAAUCCCUCCCAUGAUUAAAGUCUUCUCUUGGAA